GUUGUUUUCAUCUGCGAUUUGAUUCGAAACCAAGAAUAUGGAAAUGCUAACUGAGUCGAAGUAAAAGAAAUCCACUUCAUAAAACUAGACGAACAAACGAGUACUAAAGUUAUUAGUUAGUGUGUACAAAUUACGUCGCUAAAAUGACUGGAAAUGGUAAUCAAGAGGCAGAAGAAUCGUUGUUAUAUUCAGCUCGCCAUGGAGAAAUGGCUAUGGUAAAAGCUAUAAUAGAAGCAAAAAAAGCUGAAAAACUGACUGUAGACUUAAAUUGUAAAGGAAAACUUAGGGGUAAUCUUGGAUGGACACCACUCCACCUAGCUACAUAUUUUGGCCACAAACAAGUAGUUUUAGCACUACUUGAGGCUGGAGUUAAUGUUGAUGAAGUUAAUGAAGAUGGUGACACAGCCUUACAUAAGGCCGCUUUUAUUGGAAAUGAGGAUUUAGUGAUAAUUCUUUUAAAUCAAAAUGCAGAUGUGACUGUGAUGAACGGAGAAGGUAAAACACCAUGUGAUGUAUCAAAGUCUCAAGAUGUCCAAAGACUCCUUGAAGCAGCAGACAGAGCAAUGCGUCUCGAGAAAGAACGAAAGCUUUUGAAUGCUGCUAAAGACGGACGUCACAAUGAUGUCCAAGAAUUGUUGACAAGUUCAAAUCCUCCAAGUAUAAACUGUGUCGACGCCCAAGGCAACUCAUGUCUCCACUGUGUGGCUUACCGAGGUCACGCAAGGGUGGCUGUGCUUCUACUACAAAAUGGCAUUGAUACAACGCUCAGAAACAAUAGUGGGCAGCUAGCCAUAGAUUUAGCUAAAGACAAUGAUAUUCGGGAAGUACUUAGCGUUCGACCGGUCCAAAGGUUACAACGUACAGCUGCCCGUUUUGAAGGACCAUUACUUAAAAGGUCCAGGUUUCUUGGAUGGAGGCCCGUUUGGGGGGUACUUCAACGUGGAGUGUUACUAUACUAUGGGAACCGUGCAGAGGCGGCUCGCGACGGUUCCCGUUGGCGGGACAAGAAGUACAUGGACGCUGCUAAAUUAAAUUCGCCGGACACCGAACCCGCACUCAUUGUAAUUAGCUUUAGCGAUGGUGAGACUCACAGAUUGGCUGUUCCACCUGGAGAUAAUGUUGCUGUUUGUAGGCAGUCAUGGAUCACAGCUCUAAAAGAACAUAUCGCGUAUUCUGGACAUUAUUUGUGGGCGGGAGCGGCACCUGAUGCAGCAAAAGAAGCGACUGAAGAUUUGGAGGACGAAUGUAAACCACUGGGUUCUAUGCAAGACUCAUUAACAGCCGCAAACAAUCAUAUGGCGUUGAUGGAGAAUCAAAUGAAUGAGUGCGAAGCGAUCCUUCGAGCUUUAGACAAGACCAGGCAGGGGAAUUCCUUACAGCACUCUGCGUAUAUGCGUUUCCAACACGUGUAUGGAUCUGGUCAAGCAGCAUUACAAGCAUUACGUCAUUGCAUCGCUUUAGUUGCGCAAACGCGGGACCGCGACGCCUCUGCCUUGGCUAAAGAGCUGGAACGCAAUCGGGUUUUGGAGGAAGCUUUAGCAGCGCUCGCGAGAACACACCACGCUCUUGAAAUGUCCGUCGCUGAAGAACUUACUAGAGUGAGUAUUUCUAGCAAGAGAAAAAAGAAAUCUCCAAGAACGCCGAACGAAUCGAGGGACAAUUUCUUCGAUGUUUAUGACGACUCUGAAGAAGAUGACGACACAUUAGUGACAGCGGGUUUGUCGAGUCCCCUCGGCGCUGUUAGUCCUUGGGGAAGCAGUCCCGACUUAACAAGACGAACGCCAGUAGGCAGUGAUAAUGGUGAUGUGACACCAACGAAUGAUAAUCAAGAGAUCGAUUGUCGUUUGUCUGGGUCAUUCGCAUCCGGGUCUCCUCAGUCCAUACACACAGCGAUCAGCCCUUGCAGCUCCCGUGGGACUCUAGUAUCGCAGGACGGACAUGUCUACCGAAACGCACGGACAUACAGAAAGAAUAAUGUACCAAGGACAUCACUCCCCGUGGCUCAAUUCAGCCGUGGCGACUUCUCCCUGUGGUCAGUUUUAAAGAACUGUGUUGGCAAGGAAUUAUCCAAGAUCACCAUGCCUGUGGUAUUCAACGAACCACUUUCCUUCCUCCAGCGGAUGCUGGAGUACCUGGAGUAUGCUCAUCUUCUGAGGAUGGCGUCAGAACAGACUGAUCCUGUAAAUAGGAUGGAGUAUAUUGCUGCAUUUGCAGUUAGCGCUCUAGCCUCAAACUGGGAGCGCCUUGGUAAACCAUUUAAUCCUCUCCUUGGUGAAACUUUUGAGCUGGAACGAACCGAGUUCCGUGCAGUUUGUGAACAGGUGUCUCACCAUCCCCCAGUAUCUGCGUUCCAUGCUGAAAGCCCCCACUUCGUCUUCCAUGGCUCAGUGCACCCUAAACUCAAGUUUUGUGGCAAAAGUGUUGAGAUUCAGCCCAAAGGACACGUAACUGUAGAAUUGCCCAGAUGGGGUGAAGCUUAUACAUGGAGUAAUGUAAACUGCUGCGUUCAUAACGUGAUAGUUGGCAAGCUCUGGAUCGAACAGUAUGGUAGCAUGGAGGUGACGUGCCAUGGAGGCGCUGGCCUUAAAGCCAACCUCUGCUUCAAACCAGCUGGCUUCAACAAUAGGGAUUUGCAUAGGGUGGAUGGCUUUGUUAUGGACCCUGGCAAAAAGCGCUUGCGGUACUUAUACGGUAAAUGGACACAAUACAUCAAGUGCUGCUCAGCUGCUACUUACGAACAAUGGGCGAAAGAGAGAGGAGAAGAUGCAAGCACACAACAGACGCCAUCGCACACGCCGAAGAAAGUCCUCGCUAAGCUCAACAGCUUUAAAGUUGGGGCUUUGCGUUCUAUGUCUAUACAAGAUGACGACCCUGAGACUUCAGACGAAGUGCCAAAGCCAGACGAAUCCUAUAACAUUGAUAUCCCCGGAUCCGUCACAUUAUGGGAGGCAAGACCAAGACCUGGGAACAGUGCGCAGUACUACCAAUUCACGGAAUUUGCAAUGUCCUUAAAUGAGUUGGAGCGUGAUAUGAAGGGACAAUUGUGUCCUACUGACAGCCGGCUUCGACCGGACGUCCGACUAUUGGAACAAGGUGAUAUAGAUGGUGCCGCUGCUGAGAAGACUAGAUUGGAGGAGAAGCAGAGGGCAGCGAGGAAGGUGUUGAAGAAAACGCCGGAAGCAUGGCAACCCAGGUGGUUUAGCCAAGGCACAAACCCAUAUACCAAACAAGAAGAUUGGCUUUACAACGGUGGCUAUUGGGAUAGGAACUACCAACACCUGAAAGAUGUCGAUAUAUUUUAAAUUAAUUAUUUAUCUCCAGCUUUAUGAUGAACGAACUUCCUUCCUUUAACUCCACUUAAACAUGUAAAAAUGCACUGACAACGACCUCCAUAACACUCAAUGAUACGGCAACAAAACUCGUGUCUGUUUCACUCAUAUUGCAUUUACGUCACGAUAAAAAGAGACAGAUCGUUUUUGGUGUUUGUACUGAUUUUUAUAAGGGCUUAACCUAUAAGUUUUAUUAAUGCUCAAUACUUUAAUAAUAAGCGAUAUUAAAAAGUAUUUUAUUUCAAAGAGCUUCCAGUUAUCGCUUGGAAAUAAUAUAGUUUACAUAUAGAAUAAUAUUCCAAUAUUGUUUGGUAGCUUUAAUGUAGAUCAAUUUAGCGUAACUGUUCGUUUUAACGUAAUUAAUAUAAUCUUCAUCUAAAUAUUAUUAUAUAGUCUGUGAUGUUAAUGCACAAUAGAUGACCAUUUAUUUCUUGGUACACUAUGCUGUGCUGUUCUUAAACUGAUUUACAAAAGAAUUGGUACUCUAUUAUCCAAAAAUUAUUACGAUAAUUCAGAUCGAAAUACGCCUACUAAGGGAAACUAAAAAAAAACUACGAUGUCAAGAAAUUAUACCCAGGCGUUUAGCAACAAUUUUAUUUAUAUAUUUUGAAUGUGUCUAUGUAACUAGAAAUGUGAUUCGUAUGUAUGUUCGUUAAAUAAAAUGUUAAUAAGCGUUAGUAGUAACGAUUAGGGAUAUCGACAACUUUUUUAAUACAAAUUAAAAAUAAUUAUAUUCAAAAUUCUCGUUCAAAAAACGAGAAACCUACACACAUUGUUUGAAUCAAUUAAACUACAUUAUAGCAACAAUGCAGUUGACCGUCGAAAUUAUGAUUAAAAUGUAGACAGGACAAUUUCAAAGGCCGGCGAACUCGCGAACCCUCUGGGAUUGAAUGUGUCCAUGUCCAUCGUUUAAGAUCAGAGCCUACUGUCUGUGUACUCGUGUUUUAUAAAAUACUAUCAAACCUGACAUAGUCUCGUUUCUGAAGACCUAAGUACACAAAUGCGCAGUUAUCAUCAGUUAAGCAUCUAUAAUGAAAUAAAUGUAGCGGACUAAAUAAAAAAAACUAUGUAGUAUCCGUACCUUUUUUUAAAUUUAAAUUUGCACAGGUAACGUAAUCUGUAGACACGAGGCCCAAAUAUAUUAAAAAUGGCGUCAAAAUAUGAUUGGGUUUUUCGGUAAAAAUAUUCAUAAUUAAUAUUAAUUUGUUGAUUGUUGAUUAAGAGAAGGCAUCGUUUAAUAUAAAUGGGUGUCAAUUAUAAGUAUAGUAUAGUAAAUAUAACGCAUGUAGUAAAUCAUAGUUUUUGUUAAAUCUUUAUUUAAAUAAAAAUGCAUUUAAAUUCUUACACACAAAUGUAUUAAUAAAAUAAAUAUACAUUACUAUAUAAAUAUUAUAUAUAUUUUCAUACGCUUAAGUAUAACUGUAAAAUCUGUUAGAAAAUGUUUAAAAAGAUAUUAUGUAGUGACGUAGUUUACUGUGCGUAAAGCUUAUAUCAAAUGUAUACCUGUGUAAAUGUUUAUUCAAUAAAUAGGUCAACAAUGAAUUUGUUUAAUUCCAAUUUGAGUUCACUUAACAAAAAUAAUUUAGUUCUAAAUUAAAUUCAUUUAAAUAUCGCGCUAUUGGGAAUGAU